AUGCCGGGCGAUCGCAACAGGAAGGUUGCCAUUAUUGGAGCCGGCGCAGCUGGCAUGUCUUGUGCCGCGACUUUGGCGAACCACCCGGACAAGUUCCAUGUGACUAUGAUUGACACCGACUCUCACACGGGUGGGCAGGCGACAUCAGUUUCCCUAGAUGAGGAGAAACAUGGCGCAAGCUGGCUGAACGACGGAGUUCAAGGCGGCUCUGCCAUCUUUCGCCAUACAUUUCGAUUCUUUCGCCGCUACGGCUAUGAGCCACAGCAAGUCAAGCUUCAGGUUUCGUUCGGCAAAGGACGAGACAACUUCUGGACAAAUGUAUUUCCCAGUCCUCUGGUUGAUCAGCAUUCUCGAGAAAUUAAGAAACUCGGUCGGGUUUUGAAAUGCAUCAAAUAUCUGAUGCCGAUCCUCGGUAUCAUGCCGGUUAAGGUCAUCCUUCGCCUUUUUCGCUUCAGCGAUGACUUUAACAAUAAGAUGGUUUUGCCACUUCUAGCACUGUUCCUUGGUACAGGAAACCAGACCCCGAAUGUAUCGAGCGUCUUGUUGGAGCGCUUGUUUGACGAUCCUCAAAUGAAAUUGUGGGAGUAUGACCCCGACACGCUGUUGCCAAAUCUUCCCGAGAUGUACACCUUCCCCAACCUAGGGAAUUUCUAUCGAGAUUGGGCAAAAGAUCUCACAGCAAAAGGGGUGGAUAUACGACUGAACUCCUCCGUCGCGAUUCUGAAACGAGGCAAAGAAGGGGUAGUUCUGCAAAUCGAACGACACAGCGGCGAUGGAGACCAAGCAGAAUCAGCAUAUCCCCCCGAGACAUUUGAUGAGCUUGUUCUUUGCUGUCCAGCAGACGAGGCCAAAAAGAUGCUCGAUCGAAAUGCCACCUGGCGUGAAAAAUAUGUUCUUGGCGGCGUGAGAUUCUUCAAUGAUAUCACCAUCACCCACUCCGAUUCGGAUUAUUUCCAGAAGAUCUUUGAAGCUCAAUACGACUCCGCACUGUGCGCGCUGGCCACAACAAAGGAACGAGCAGAGCAACUCGAAUUUGCUGGACAGCAGCCCCGUUGUGAAAAAGAUGGCUGGGUAGGGUUCCGACCAAUGUACUUCACCCACUCAUUUGAAUCAGACCCAGAUAUGAUUGAAAUGGGCUUUGAUUGCUCAAACUACCAGCAUCAGUUCCGGGAGCGUCUCGGUGCAGGUAGCAAGCCUCGCCCUCUGAAUGAGCAUGUAUUUCAGACGAUCUUUUUGAACGAUCAGCAGAAAGACAUGUGGACAUGGAACGACAUCGAUCCUUCGAAGAUAAUUGCCCGAAAAUGGUGGCAUCAAUUUGGCCACCGAUGGCAACAUUACUUACGUGUCGUUCCGGGGAUGAUGUUCAUCAAUGGCAAGAAUAAAACCCAUUAUGCGGGUAGCUGGACUAUGGUGAAUAUGCACGAGAUUGCCUGCAUCUCCGGUAUCGCUGCAGCUUAUCAAUUAGGUGCCGAGUAUGACCCGUUUGACGAUUUUGCCGAAGACUUCUUCGCCAAGUACCUACUUGUUUGUCAUGGUACCCGCUACAAAAGAGGAAAGAAUAAGCAGACUUGA